GCAAACAGACUCUUUGGACCGGCUGUGCUCAGUCUGCAGUCUUCAUGAGACGCCUCUCUCCGAGUUUACCUCAGAGCUUCUUCCCUCCAGAUCUCACAAACACUGCAGGCCCUCCUGAUCCAGGAUGCAGCUUUUGUUCGGAGUUUUUCUGCUGGCUCUGAUUCUGCAGAGCUGCAGUGCUGAACCUGCCGCAAAGGAAUGUGACCUCCCACCGAAGUUGCGACAGGAGGUACUGCACAAGGUGUUUGAGUCACGAUGGGUUCUGGUGGAAGCAUUCUCAGAUUAUCCAGCAGGUCUGAGGUUGGUGAAGCAUGCCAACAGCUCCCUGAUGGAGAUGAAGGAGGCAUUCAACAAUGAAACGUUUCUGUUCAUCGAGAGAAACAUAGUCUCUGGAAAAUGUCUUGUGUUUCAAGUCAACAUGUCAGUUCCUGAUCCCGAGACUUCCAACCACAGCAUGGUUCUGGACAGCCCUGGAGUUAUGGAGUUUGACGGGUUGGUGUCUCCAUACAAUGAUCAGGGCCGAGCAGAUGUAUACCAGGGCUGUGCAGACUGUCUGACUGUUGUCUACAGCGGCGUCUUUCAGGGAAUUCCAGGAAGGCUGUUGCUCAUCUACAGAAAAGAAGGGAAGCAUACGGACACUGAUGAGCUGAAGACAGAUGAGAGCAUCCACAGGAAGCUGGCAGAGUGCCUCAAGUUCAAUGUUGACACAACCUUCAUAUAUGACGGCAAGGCAGUGCCAGCUCUUCAUUUGUCAGAUGUCAAAGCCCUCAUUUUGUCCUUCCACACUGUGGAGACCCAUAUCCAUCCUUCAGAGCAGAGGCGAUUAAGAUCGGUAUGGGUGUCACAGGUGUACCAGUCCACCUUUUCUUCCAGGGCGAGAGGGGUUGCCAUUCUUGUUCGCAGAACUGUUCCUUUUAUAUUCAAAAAUCAGACAUGUGAUCCAGGUGGGAGGUUCAUACUUGUUACAGAUUUUUGUCUCGAAAAGAAGGAAGAAGAGAGAGACGCCUGAAGACGACGAGACGAGUUUUAGUUCAGAAUCUUGAAUUUAAUCUGAUGACUUUAUUUCGCUCUGACGAGUAAAGACUGAAUCGUAACCACAGAC